GCAUAACCGAGCGGCCUGGAGCUCGGCGGGCCGGAACCGACGAGUUGGAGCUCCCCAGCCACACCCCUCGUAGGAUUUAAAGGGGAAGGAGGGGCCGGACGGGCCGAAGCUAGGGCCCUGGGAGCGGGUAUGAGGCGCUGCCCGUGCCGGGGGAGCCUGAGCGAGGCGGAGGCCGGCGCACUGCCAGCCGAGGCCCGCAUGGGGCUGGAGGCGCUGCGAGGUGGGCGGCGGCGACAGCCGGGACUGCAGCGACCUGGGCCGGGAGCAGGUGGCCCGACCGGACGGCCGGAGGGGGGCGGUCCCCGGGCCUGGAUCGAGGAGUCCAGCCUCCACUCCGAGGCGGAGAGGACCGACCUCGAGCCUGCGCCGUGUCCGAACGGUCCACAGGCAGAAUCCUGUGGAGACGGACACGCGGAGUGCGAAGCAGCUGGCCUAGGAGUUGCGUCGGAGAAGCCCAGGCAAAAUAAGGAGCUAGACGGGUCCAACCUCCAGACACAUCCAAGAAAGAACAGCCCCCUGGCUGAGAUGGAGAUGGCCGGUUCCUGGACAGAUGGCUUUCGAACUGAUCUUCACAGAUCUGACCUCCAGUCUCGGCCAAAGAGAGCCAGCCUCUGUACCCAACCAGGGUUUGAUGAGUCCUGGACCGAACUGGACAGAUCCGAGCUGUGGCAGACUCUGACAGAGAGGGACAACAAGCCCAGGGUUGAUAACCUCCGGACCCACCAUGGCGUGUCCAAACUCCAAACUCACCCAGUCUGCCCCUCACCAGAACCAAGUGCUGAUUACUCCGGCAAAGAAUUGUACGCGGAUGGUUCCAGGACUCCACAUGACACCGACGGCUUCUGGAUAGAGUCCCAAACUGAUGACUCUCUCAAAGGACCUAGUACUCAGACAGCCUGCAGACAGCCUGGAAGUGAUGGUUUUUCAGCACAAGACACUGAGGGUGCCUUGAUUCAACCUGGCACUGAUGGCCCCCGGGAUGACAGCGUUUUGGGGGAGUCCAAUGGAAAUGAUCCAUUAGAUUUAUCAGAGCCUGGAGAGUUGGUGACUAACCUGUGCUCCCACCUGGAGUGCAGCUCCCUGUGUCCUGUGCCCCGCCUUAUCAUCACCCCAGAGACUCCUGAACCUGAGGCCCAGCCGGUGGGACCCCAAUCCCGGAUUGAGGGGGGCACUGGCGGCUUCUCUUCUGCCUCCUCUUUUGAUGAAUCUGAGGAUGACCUGGUGGCCGGGGGCGGAGGUACCAGCGAUCCUGAGGACAGAGCUGGAAGCAAGCCCUGGAAGAAGCUGAAGACCGUUCUGAAGUACUCGCCCUUCGUUGUCUCCUUCCAUAAACACUACUACCCCUGGGUCCAGCUUUCCGGACACGCUGGGAACUUCCAGGCCGGUGAGGAUGGUCGGAUUCUGAAACGUUUCUGUCAGUGUGAGCAGCGCAGCCUGGAGCUGCUGAUGGGAGACCCCCUGCGGCCUUUUGUGCCUGCUUAUUAUGGCAUGGUGCAGCGGGAUGGCCAGGCCUUCAACCAGAUGGAAGAUCUCCUGGCAGACUUUGAAGGCCCCUCUAUCAUGGACUGCAAGAUGGGCAGCAGGACCUACCUGGAAGAGGAGCUGGUGAAGGCCAGGGAACGACCCAAGCCCCGGAAGGAUAUGUAUGAGAAGAUGGUGGCAGUGGACCCCGGGGCUCCCACCCCAGAAGAGCAUGCUCAGGGUGCCAUCACGAAGCCCCGAUACAUGCAGUGGAGGGAGACCCUGAGUUCAACUUCCACGCUGGGCUUCCGGAUUGAAGGCAUCAAGAAGGCUGAUGGGACCUGCAACACCAACUUUAAGAAGACACAGGCUCUGGAGCAGGUGACAAAGGUGUUAGAAGACUUUGUGAGUGGAGACCUUGGAAUCCUAAGAAAGUACGUGGCGCGACUGGAAGACCUCCGAGAGACUCUGGAAAAUUCUCCCUUCUUCAAGACCCAUGAGGUAGUGGGCAGUUCCCUUCUCUUUGUGCAUGACCACACUGGCCUGGCCAAGGUCUGGAUGAUUGACUUCGGCAAGACAAUGGCCCUGCCUGACCACCAGAUGCUCAGUCACAGGCUGCCUUGGACAGAGGGCAACCGUGAGGACGGCUACCUCUGGGGUCUGGACAAUUUGAUCUGCCUCCUUCAGGGGCUGGCCCAGAGCUGACGUCAUCU